AUGGAUUGUGACAAAGAAGGUGGUAGUAGCAUGAUGGACAAGGAAUUCGAUACGAAACUUACUACCAACAAUGCUACAGUGGAUAACGUAUUGCUAGCCUUGAAACCUUUAGGAUGGUACCAAAGAAUCAGUAUUCUCUGUAUAUUUGUCGGCUUCCUACAGAUGGCGCACACAGUUCUUAUUCACGUUUUCAUUGGUUACACUCCGGAUUUCCAGUGUCGGAACGCGAGUAAACCUUGGACCGAGUAUGGAAUCAAUCUACCCAACAAUUCAUAUAGCGUGGAGUACGGUCAGUGUCACGUAACGAUAAAAGAAAAUAACACAGAUGGACAUCAGACGGAAUUGGCUUGUCCGAACGGGUACCACUUCAGCUCACAACAAAUUCGCUCAACUAUUAUAACUGAGUGGGACAUGGUGUGUGAUCGGCAGGGCUUGGGUGAAUUAAGUCAGACCCUUGUCAUGGUUGGACAGAUUGUAGGGGCAAUAUUUCUGUCUCCACUUCCGGACAGAUACGGCCGGAAACCCGUCAUGGUAGUCGGACAGGUUCUAGCCUUUGCCUUGGGCGUGUCAGCGUCGUUCAGCCCAACGUACGCGGUCUUCUGCGUGCUCCGUUUUCUUGUCGGCGUUGUUAUACAGGACCAUAGACGAAUCCCUGAGGUGGCUGGUGGCCAACAACAGAAGAAGAGACGCCAUGGCAUUAGUACGGAAAGUCGCAAGGCACCAAAACGAAGUGAUCUGUUGGCAAACGACAAACGGAAUGGGCAAUCUGAAAUUCCUAAACAACCGAAAAGCGAAGACAAAGCAAUCCAAGAUACCUACCAAAGACCUCAUAUCCAACAAUCUACACCAGAAAGUGAGGAUUUACUGACAACGAAAGACCGAACGGGUGAAUCUAAACCUGAACAUAUUACUUACUUGGAUAUGUUCAGAAAUAGGAAACUGCUCCGCAAUACAUUAGUGCUGAGUCUAUGUUGGUUUUCAUCUGGUUUUGGCUACAUGGGAUUGUUCCUGGUUCCAUCAUCAUUCACUAAAAACAUCUAUAUCAACUAUUUCAUCAACUCCAUCGUCGAGUUCCCGGGACUCUUCAUCCUGCUUUUAUUAAUCAACAGAGUUGGUCGCAGGUGGCUGACGAUGUCAUACUUUGGCCUGGCCGGCGUGGCGAUAGUAGCAGCGGUCAGCAUUUUACUCCUUACAUCAAGAAGUAACGAGACGACCAAUGUGAUCGGAGCAGUGACGAUCUACGUAGGAAAGUUCUCCAUCUCUGGUGUGGUGGCCAUGUUGUAUAUAUAUACACCAGAACUCUACCCAACCAACGUCAGAAAUAUAGGUUACGGUAUAACUGGUUGUGCAGGUAGACUCGGUGCAAUGGCGGCGCCCUUUCUAACAGUGUUGGCAUCACUGGCAGAGUGGGCCCCGGGAGCUGCCUUAAGUACCACUUUUAUUCUGGCCUUGUGUUCUCUACUGCUCCUACCAGAGACCAAGGGGAAAGAGUUACCACAGACUUUACACGAAUUUGUAUUAUGGGAGGAAGAGGACAACAAUUCAAAGCAGUAUAAAGCAUGUUCAUGUAUACAUGUACAAUGAUGGCAUUAGGUUGUUAACUCCGUUCAAUUUCCUAUUAAUAACUUGUUAUGCUAAAUCUAAUGAACAAUUAGUCCCAUCCUUGCCUGUUUCAGGGAUUAUACUCCACAAAAACAGAAAUAUUCUUAAUUGUUAUUAAAAUGGUAUUGUUUCCUUUAAAUAUUUAUCUUACAGAAGCUGAUACUGCAUUUAUCAAACAUCCUUUGAAGUGUUGAUAAGAGGCCCAUAGACCAUAACCGUCAUCUGAGUUCAGAUAUAUUUCAAUUUGAUCCAUUGCCUUGCCUAUCAGCCCCUUGGGAUCAGUCUGGGCCAACACGUCAUGUAGUCGCAUAUACAUGUAUAUCCUAACACCCUGUUCACAAUGCACCAGCCUGAACAUUUAUUUAUAUGAAUGUAAUCAUUUUGUUGCACUCAAAUUUUGGUGCAUAACCAAUAUAAGCAGGUGUAGCUACAAUACUAUUUAGCUGUAGAAAACAUUAUACAGAAAUUACCGCACCCAUAUCCGAGCAAUUUUUUCGCAAUGCAAAUAUCAUUAAUAUGUGUACAGUAUGUUUAUAGAAUACAACACGAUCACACUUUUUGACCUUUGUGACCUUUUUGAUCUUGAGUGUGACAAAUAGAAAAUCGUAAUUUCCGAUCAUGUAAAAAUUUUCAGAAAUGAAAAUAGUAUUUGCAUUGUUUUGAGAGGUCACCUAUUCGUUGAUAAAACAUAUUAAUUCCUUUGCCACCCCACAUUUUAAUAAAGUGUGUUUAAAAUGUAUUGUUUGUGAUGAUUAGUAGAUGUGAGUGUGUGUAUGGGGUGUUUUGUGUUAACUUAUUUUUGUAACUUUAUGAAUCAUGAAAUAUGUAUUAAAAUUUAUAUUACAAGCAAACAUUA